AUGGAUCGCGGCUGCUACAACUGCGGUGACUCUUCUCACCAGGCUCGUGAUUGCCCCAAGAAAGGAAACCCAACCUGCUACAACUGCGGCGGCGAAGGACAUCUCAGCCGUGAAUGCACUGCGCCAGCCAAGCCCAGAGCCCCGAAACCUUGCUACAAAUGCAACAGCCUCGACCACAUUGCUAGGGACUGCCCUGAAGCUGGUGCCGCCGGUGGUGGUGGUGCUGGCUGGGGAAGUGCCGGCGGGAAUGCCUACGGCGGCGGCGGCGGUGGUGGUCGGGAAUGCUAUCGCUGCGGUGGCCAGGGUCACAUUGCUCGCGACUGCACAUCUGGUGGUCCACAAGGCGGGUAUGGUGGCUUCAGCCGCGGCGGCGGCGGUGGUGGUGGCCAGACCUGCUAUGUCAUAUGUCUCGUGACUGCACCCAGGGUCGAACUCAAAAAUGCUACAACUGUGGUGAACAAGGCCAUUUGUCUCGCGAUUGUCCAUCUGAGCCCAGCUCCGAGCGCCUCUGCUACAAGUGCAAGCAACCCGGCCAUCUCCAAUCUGCCUGCCCAGCUUAGAUGCUGA